AUGAAAUUGGAACCAUUUCCUGCCCAUCAAACACCGACAACAACAAAAACCGAUGACGAAAAUAAACAAAAAACAAGUCACAAUAAUCAGCAUUUUUAUUUUAUAUUUCAACAAUUAUCAUCAGCUUUUGAUUACAUAAAAAUAUUCCAACAUAUUCAUGAAAUGUGCAUAAGUAAGUGUCAGAAAAAAGUAAGUAAGACGAGUUAUUGCAAACUGUAA